AGCUGUCAAACGCUCAAAAUGACACAAACAUCGGAAUUGUGUGUGAUUUAUUUGCAUAAUAAACGCCAACGAGAUUGUUUUACUCCAAAAAUUAGACGGCAUAGCAAAAUUGUUGUGGUUUUUCACAUAAUUUAGUUGCUUUCAAAGCAUAUCCCCGUUUAAAUGGCAGUGAAAAACGUUUAUUCUGUUUAAAUAUAAGUGAGUUCACUUGUUGAUAAAUAUAGUGUAGAUCCGCCCAUAAUAAGCAAUCACAAAAAAGGUCACAAGUGAUUGGCACAAGAACAGAAAAUACAUACAAUGGCUGGAAUCAAGUAUUUACUGCAAAAAGAGGUGUUUGAUGCGACCAAUGAGCGAAUUUUAUCGGUUUGCAAUGUUCAAAAAUGGCACAAAAAGAAGCGAAACUCAUAUUUGUGUAUUGUGCUAGAGGCGCGUUCAAUUCCAACGCUUGUUCAAGUGAAGCAAAAUGAUAAGGGAGUCUAUCGGAAGAAACGAAUGUGGCAAUUGAGCGAAAUCAAAACGGUUGACGGGAAAAAUGAUUCAACCACUGAGCCAAUCAACGAAUUCGAUUUGAUUUGCGAGAAGAAUUAUAAAUGGUUUGCGGCAAAUUUGCAUGAGCGCCAGAAUUUCAUAACCGUAUUGUAUCGCCAAAUCCAUAAGUAUAUCAGAGUGCCUGAAAAUCGUGCAAUUUUCGUGAAUAUUCCGCUAACAUGGCUACAAGAACAAUCGCCCGAGAAAGUGCAACAAACUGACAAUUUGACGAAUGGAGACACGCUUGAUGACGGCGAAGUGAGCGAUGAAUUUGAAGAUUUUCAAGCGCUCACAGAAAAGGAAGAGGUUGAGUUAAAUAAAUUGAUUGCCAAUUCCAAUUUAGCCAUUACCAAUGCUGAGCAAUUCAUGGAAGACCUGAGUAAAAAUCUGCAAGAUUUAGACGGCGCAAAUGUUCAAAGUGUGCUGGCUUCGGAGAAACAAGUAAAUGCCCUGAUGGAACAAAUCGAAGCCGCCAUCGAUGAGGCAAAUCGAGUCGAAGCGCGGUUUGAUGAAUACGAUGAAAUUUUGUGCCAUGUGCGGGACACAAUGGAAAAAAUGGGCGAGAAAAAUACGAUGAUUGAAGUGGCAAACAAUAAUAACAUCAAACUCUUGAAUGAACUAGAGAAAUUGGUAACACAAUUGGAUCUGCCGUACGGACAUCAAGUCGCGCUGACCGAUACCGACUUAACAACACCACAAGGUUUGGCGGCUGCAAUUGGCGCAGGGAAAGCACUACAAACAGCAAUGAAUUGUGACAUCGACUCGGCACUUUUGCGAUUGACAGCCGUUCAAGAUCAACGUAAGCGUUUCGAUAAAUGGAAAGCCAAAUUUUCGCAGACAAUUACUCGUCAUUUGAAUAACAUGUUUAUUCAUUUGGCCAAUGAUUUGGGUGAAUUGAAUGUGAUUGCAUCGUCGGGCAGCACUGAAUUGGUUCUAAUGAAACACGGUGCCGUACAUAAGGAACUCAGUGCCUACAGUGAACUUAUGCAUUGGCUCAAAUCGAUGGACCGAAAAGCGUACGAUGGCCUAGCCAAGGUGUACACAAGUGCGAUGAGCAAAGUGUAUGAACGUGAGCUGAAAAACUUUUUUGAUUUAGCCAAAUCUUCCAUAUCACCACAACUGCUCAACGACAGCGAAAUGAAUACAUCGAUUUCAAGUAAAUUCAAAAGUCCACAAUCGAAACAAAUAUCACAACCGUACGGAAUACUCGGUAUUAGCAAAGAACAAUGGUCAAAUGGAUUGGAUGCGAGUGAACGGCAACGCUUCGAAACAAUUAUGGAGAAAGUGCUAACGGAAUUGGAGCCGGUGGCUUUGAGUGAACAACACUUUUGCAUUCAAUUCUUUCAACUGGACGUUUUGAGUCCAACAACAAGGAACACUCAAACAACAUUGGAUGGAGUUAUGAGCACUAGCAUCGGUCCAAUCGAUGGAAACGAUAAAGAAGCUGUCGCUGCUACUAUUGGACUGAUUGCACCCCAGAAGAAAGUCGAUCGACAAAUUAACGAAGAUGUUCGCCGAAUGAUGACUUCACUUUUCAAUAUUUUGGAAUCAGAGCUGAAUAGCUUUAUCAAUAGCUUUGAGAAAUUGGAUAGUUUUUAUUCCAUGUAUGUUUUAGUGCGUUUAACGCAGCACGUUAUGUCCGCUCAGGAUGCACACUCAUUUCUGAGUAUGACAUUUGCAUCGGCACUGGUGCAGGUGAAGCGAAACUUUGACAAAUUCAUGCAUAUACAGUUGCAGUCAAUUAUCGAGUCAAAGGUUCCACGUCGCUCGAAAUGUGGUCUUUUGCCAUAUGUCGAGAACUUUGAGGAAUUUUCCAAUACAGCCGAAUGUAUCUUUCGUAAAACUGAGCGUCGCACCGACUUAGACAAAUGGUACGUUCAAUUGGUCAAUGCAAUUUUCGAACACAUUCCACUUCAUGCGAGUGAACACCCAAAAACACCCGAUCAAGUGGUUCGAAUGGAGAACUAUCAUCAUAUGCAUUCAUUGUUGGCUCAUCUAAAAGUACCCGUUCUCGAUGAACAGAAGAAAGUGGCUAAAACGAAGUAUAACGAAGCUUUGCGUGCUUAUGUAACGAAAUACUUUGGACGGCCACUGGAGAAGUUGAAUCUGUUUUUCGAUGGUGUGCAACAGAAAGUGGGCCAAGGUGUUAAAGAGACUGAAAUUAGCUAUCAGAUGGCAUACUCAAAGCAAGAGCUGCGCAAAGUAAUCAGCUUAUAUCCGGCACGUGAAGUGAAGAAAGGACUUGAGAGUCUCUACAAAAAAGUGGAAAAACAUUUGUGCGAAGAGGAAAAUCUAUUGCAAGUCGUUUGGCGAGCGAUGCAAGAGGAAUUCAUCGUGCAAUACAAAUAUUUGGAAGAACAAAUUCAACGUUGUUACGCCGGUUCGAUGAUUACACUCGAUUUUACCAUCGAUGACAUUCUGCAUUUCUUCUCGGAAAUCGCUCAAUCGCAUUAAUUUCUGUUGCAUAUAAUUACUUCAUAUCUUAUUCGAAUAUUACUCGAUAUCGCAGAAUUAAUAAUUGCUUGCUUUUAAAAAUGCUGUCAAAAAUUUAAUUGUUUAAUAUUAGAAUGGAAAAUCGAGUCACGAAAACAUUACGAUGGUUUCAGUGUGUCCAAAUCAAACUAUUUACAUGUUCUUAUGUCAGCCUGUUCUAUAUUUAUUAGCGUUCUCUUUAAUAAAAAUAACGAUUAAUUAAAUGUUAAUGUA